UUUGCUUCUCUGUCUAUGGCGUCCAUGACUUCUCUAGGUUUCAGGCCCUCUCACUUACACAGUCAUUUCUCCAGCACCCUGGUGGCACACAGUAGGCACUUUGCACUUCGGGGAGCGCUCCGCCCGCCCCUCCCCCGCUCCAGGAAGUGCGGGGGCUCCAGCCGCCGGGCGGGCCGCGAUGCAUUCUGGGAAAGCAGCAGCACCAGAUCCAAGAUGGCGGCCAGCAGGAGGCUGAUGAAGGAGCUUGAAGAAAUCCGCAAAUGUGGAAUGAAAAACUUCCGUAACAUCCAGGUUGAUGAAGCUAAUUUAUUGACUUGGCAAGGGCUUAUUGUUCCUGACAACCCUCCAUAUGAUAAGGGGGCCUUCAGAAUCGAAAUCAACUUUCCAGCAGAGUACCCAUUCAAACCACCGAAGAUCACAUUUAAAACAAAGAUCUAUCACCCGAACAUCGAUGAAAAGGGGCAGGUCUGUCUGCCAGUAAUUAGUGCUGAAAACUGGAAGCCAGCAACCAAAACCGACCAAGUAAUCCAGUCCCUCAUAGCACUGGUGAACGACCCCCAGCCCGAGCACCCACUUCGGGCUGACCUAGCUGAAGAAUACUCUAAGGACCGUAAAAAAUUCUGUAAGAACGCUGAAGAGUUUACAAAGAAAUACGGGGAGAAGCGACCUGUGGACUAAACUCUGCCGCGACCGAUUCCAGCGAGUGUGAGCGGAGACCCCGAGCAGUGAAGACAUCCCGCAAAACAGGACUCUGUGGAAAAUUGACACGUGCCACCGCCUGGCGUUUGCUUGUGGCAGAUACUAACUUUCUACAGUUUUCUUAAUCAAAAGUGGUCUAGGUAACCUGUAAAGAAAGGAUUAAAAAUUUAAGAUGUUCUAGUUCUGCUUUCUUUGUUUUAAAAAUCACUGCUUCAAUCUACUUUAAAAGAAUGGUGUUUCUUUUCUUGUCCAAAUUGAUCCAGAACCUUCAAUUUACAUUUAGCCCUUAAGGUUAAGGGGGGAAAAAAAAGGUUGCAGCUCCCUUUCUUCCCCUGCCCUUGCAACUCCCACUUUCUUGCAUUUGGUUUAUUUUUCACUCAUUCACUUCCCCCAGACCCAGGGCUAUCUCCUCCGCAAAGGAGAAGAGACUGCUCCUGGCAAUUCUGGUGGCUUCUCUACUCCCAUGUUGCACUACCCUGUGUGGGAGUUGGUUCAAAUUCUCCUGGCUCCAAUUUAUAACCUCCUUUAAAAAAAAAUUAAAAACAAGCAAACCACCAGUCACCACCCCACCACCUCCCCCUCACCACCAAAAACAACAAACAAAUAGCAAAAAAAAAAAAAAAACCAGCCAUGAAAAGGGAGGCCCAGUUCUUAUGUAGAAAUCUGGCUGGUGUUACCAUAACAACAUUGAUUAAAUGGGCGAACCCUGAUGUCCUCGUGCGUGACUGAACUUCAGCCUGGCCUGGCCUGCUUGGGGAAACCCAGGUCUAUGGCAACUCCAGGGGAGGGCCUGCCAACCAGAGGACGCUGUGUACUUGUGUGAGGAAUUUCUCGCCAGAGAAGCUCCUGAGGCCAAAGGUUGGCGCUCCUCCCUGCAGCCACUGUAGAAGACGUGCUGGUCAUUGCAGACAGCGCUGAAGCCAGAAUGUCCAUGUGAAAUUCCACGCUCUCCUGUUCACCGAGCUCCAUCUGAAUGUGCCACGGAGCUCGCUCUCCCAGCUCCUCAGUGCAGCGCAGCCCCACUGCGACCCUCCCUCGGCACAGUUUGACCCUUUGCGGGGUUGGAAUUGGCGGGACUUGGCUAUAGCCAGCAGCAGUCAGGGGUUGCUGGCGCCCUGCUGGCCCCUUCCUUCGGAGCAGACGGCCAGCCCAGGAACAAGAUGGCCUUCCCUCUCCCUCUGGACUCACAGCCUUUGCAGAGUCAAGCUCCACUUGAAGCUCACUCAGUAAUAUCCUUUACAUGUGUUUUAUAUUGUUUUGACUGCCUUUUUUUGUAGAAAUAAAAAUUGACCUUAGAAUUGA